AUGGCGGACGCAAAGGGCCCCAGUAGACCGUUGACCAGAUCACGCGUGCGAGCGGGAAAAGCAUGCACGCACUGCCAUGAGAAACGGAUAAAGUGUGACGCCAACCAACACAUGCCAUGCACCCAUUGCGUGCGGGAUCGCCAUACGGAUUGUGUUCUCCGUGAGACAAAACGGGGAACGUAUGCCCGGAACGCCCUGCGUCAAAAAACAAGCAAGCGUUAUCCACGCGGAAAAGCCCCGGCUGGUCUUGCCGAAGAUCUGCCCCCGUAUUCUGUGAAUGAUCGGGUGGGGACUGAAGAUUCCGGGGCACCCCUUGCGGCUGGAUCCAACGUUGCUGCAACCUUAUCGACGGAGUCAUAUGUUUCAAAUUCUACUCCGUGGAGCCCAAGAGGCAGAGGCUAUGUCUAUGCUCGCGCGGGCGAUGAAAUCGUCCGCUUACAGGCUCAGGGAACGCUUCCAGCGAGCGAGUCUCCUCAUACCCAGACAUCCUCUGGGACCCCAGGCGACUCCUCCUCCUACCAAGAUAUCUCAUGGUCCGCGAUGUUUGACCAUUUCCUGAACAACCGCGAGAACAGAAAAGACUGGAUUGACAAAUGCUCCAUCACUUACCUCGGAGAGUCUUUUCCCCUGGCAAUUGUACUGGGUGGCCUCAAGGACGGCAGCCCACCAAAACUACACCAUCUAGGCCCUCCUUUCCCGGGCGCUCAAGCAACUGCCCCGUUUCAACCCCAGCCCGCACAUAUGUUGCCCGAGGAUCUCGAGUAUCUACGAGCCAAGGGAGUGUUCAGUCUGCCAGAGAAGACACAUCUGGAUGCCCUGGUGUCGGUUUUCUUGGACGACGUCUACCCGCUCUACCCCAUUGUCCAUCGCCAAGAAUUCAUACAGCAGUACCAAAAUGGCCAUCUAUCAUUGAUUCUUAUUUAUGCCGUUAGCUUUAUUGCGGUGACGUUCGCCCCCCAGUCCGUCCUGGGCCUUCUAGGCUUGCAUUCCCGUCAAGAGGCCCGUUCGUUGUUCUACAAGAAGGCCAAAGCGCUCUUCGAUAUGGGAUAUUCAACAAACAAAAUCACAAACCUGCAGAGCACUUUCUUCCUCUCGUUCUACGGCGGCGGCCCCAAUACCUACUGGAACUUUUAUUCGUGGAUCAGUACAGCCGUGACGAUUGCCGAGGCGAUAGGAAUCCACCGGUCGACCAUUGCAAUACCCAACAUGCAAGCACGGGACAAAAGUUUAAUGCGAAGGCUAUGGUGGGCCCUGGUCAACCGAGACAGCAUAUGCAGCACCUUGGUCGGGCGUCCGUUCCGCAUUGACUUGGACCAGGCCGAUGCAGAUAUGUUGACAAUUGAGGAUUUCGCGCACGAUGCCAUGGCCCCCGACUUUCGACAGAACCCCUCCGCCCAUCGAUAUGCACAAUAUCAAAUUGAGACGGCGAAUCUCUCACAGAUCAUGCGUGAGAUCAUCAGCAGCCGGUUCUACCCUGGACGACAGCCAGUGAUGUCAGAAGAGCUCCACGCAAAGCUGACCCGGUGGAAAGCAGGCCUAGUUUCGACGUUAACCUGGGACCCCGAGGUGCCGGACCCCUCGAACCCAUUUUCCAUGUCUCUGUCCGUCCAAUACAAUAACCACCUCAUAUUGAUCUAUCUCGGCCACAUGCGUGGCGAAGAUCCAUGUCGCCGCGACGAGCACGAAGUCGAAGGAAUCGUCGACUCCGCCGCGCAUCACAUCCCCACGGUCGUGUGCACGCUCGUGACAAAAUCGGCCCUGCUAACCGUGCCCCACGAGCUAUACCACGGUAUCUUCCUCGCCCAGGCGGCCUUCUACGAGCGGAUGAGGAGCCCGAAUAAACUCGUCGCGCGCCUUGGCCGGUCGGCGCUCAACUCCUGCCAGAUGGUCCUGCAAACUAUUAGUGAAUUUUGGGACAGCGGGACGUUUAUGAUGCAGCUCUUCGAGAAUCUGUCGAGUCGCUGCUUGGAGCAGCCGUCGUGGACCGCUGAGAGCGGACAACAUAACCGUGCCGUAGGGGCUUCUGAGGAUUCUGGUGUAGGCGGCGCUACUCCCUCUACGAACGAUGCGGGCCUUUUCAAUGCUUUUCUGGGAGACGACCGGUGGCAGGGAAAUCCUAUGCUGGAGAGUCUGUUCGAUCUACCGUCGGAGCUGUUUUUGCCUGAAUAG